UCGCACCCCACCAGUUGAAGGCAACACAACGGCGCCUUUGUGCGCUGUAAUGGCUGCGUGAAGCCUUGAGUGAUACAAAAAAGAGGAAAACAUGCGCUUCUGUGUGCGCCAAUGAUGCAGUGUCAGUGUGACACUUCCGCACAGCCGGGUCAGCUGAUUGAGACACGCGGAAACCACUAACUAACUCCACUGAAGUCCACUCCACACUCCGCGUUGCUAGCAACUUGUGAGGGCUCCACGGCACACAAGCUGCUGGCUGGCGGCUCCUGGCUGGGCUGCACUUGGAGGAACACGCCGGUGGACGCCGAUGGCUGCCAGGGAGGCGCCGGUGGCUUCGAAUGGGACACAUAUCUCCUACAUGGGCCAUGAUUGUCAGGACGUCCCAGACUUCCUUGGGGACGCGUACGGCCAGUUUGCAAGGAGGUUGGACUUGAGCUUCAACCAGCUCAGGUCCUUGGCGGGCCUCCGGAUGUUCACCCAGCUGGAAGAGCUGGUCGUCGACAACAAUCUGCUGGGGAAUGACCUCCGCUUGCCGAGGUUGCCCAACCUGCACACCUUCACGCUCAACAAGAACAAACUGACGGAUAUUGAAGCCCUGCUGGAACACUUGGCUGACGUGACCCCGUCGCUGGAGUACCUCAGCCUGCUGGGGAACGAGGCCUGCCCCAACCAGCUGGUCAGCCUGGAUAAAGACGAGGACGACUACCAGAGAUACAGGUAUUUUGUUCUGCACAAGUUGCCCAGGCUGAAGUUCUUGGACACCAGGAAGGUCACCCGGAAGGAAGCCAUGGAGGCUGGAGUCAGAGGAGAAUUCAUGAAGGUGGUCAAGCCCAAGUCCGGCACCCAGACAGCUAUCAGGAAGAAAGAGAAGUCAGUGUGCACCGCCGAGAGAAGAAAUAUACGUCCAAAGAAGCCGGCUUUGAGAACCAGCCUCUGCCCUACACGCCUCUGCCCCGAGGAUCCAGAGACGCUAAGAACCAUAAAGGCGUCUUCGCCAAGUGCCGCUACGUCUACUACGGCAAACAUUCCGAAGGCAACAGAUUCAUCCAGAACGACCAGCUCUGAUGUCGCAGGAAGGAGAGGGACGGAAAGCCGCAUGACAUUAUUAUUUAUUGACACUUGCCGGCGAUGUUGCAGUCCAAUCAGUAUAUUUGCUGUUGACUCUGUCUUCUGCAAGACACUCCCUGAGCAUCACACACACACACACACAAACACACACACACACACACACACACAGAGUGACAAACAACCUAUUGCGUGUCUCUGACAGCCAUGAUGGAUCACCCAUCCACUGCUGCCACUAAUCAAGGGUGAAAGGGUGACGGUCACACACCUGAGACCUGACAUGGACACAUCCUACACACACAAACACAAACACACACACACACACACACACACACACACACACUAUAUAAAAGACUGCCAUUGGAGCUCAGUCGCUCCGUCUUAUUUUCAAGAGUAGAGGAAAGAAACUGUCACCUUUUUUGACUGAACACAAAUUGUCAACCAAAAAAUGAUCAAAUCUUUGUCCAAAUGCUGCAUCCAUAUUUAAUACUUUAUCAUUUUGUAUUUUGAUACAUUUGAAGAUAAUUGUGAUGCAAGCAAUUUUUAAAUCAAUCUUCCUGUUGUCUGUUUUCUGUGCGGUGGUUGAGUUGAACUGAUGGUUGAGUUGAACUGAUGGUUGAGUUGAAACUGAGCAAUAAAGCAUUCAA